AUGUGGGCGCCGGGCGGCCCGCCGGGGCCCGCGGGCUGGGACCGCCGCAGGGUGGGCGCCAGGCUGCGCGCGGCCCUCGCGGGGCUGCACGAGCUGCAGGGGCUCCGCGCCAGGCAACAAGCGCGCGUGUGGGGCGCCCUGGCCGUGCAGCCCCCGCCCGGGCCCGCCGCCCCCCGCGGCCCCCGCGCACACGAGCUGCGGCUGGAGGCGGCGCUGGCGGCGCUGCAGGAGCAGCUGAACCGUUUAAGACUUCAGGACGUCGGCCUGAAAACCCACUUGGACCAGCUGGACCAGCAGAUCAGCGAGCUGCAGCUGGACGUGCGCAGAACCUCCAGCGAGGCCCCGGACAGCGACAGCAGGCCCAGCUCGGGCUUCUACGAGCUGAGCGACGGCGGGUCCUGUUCCCUGUCCACCUCCUGCACGUCUGUGUGCAGCGACUGCGUGUCCUCCUCUCUGGGCGCUGUGCUGCCUGCCACCCCGAAGGCCAGGCCCAGCGCGGGGGACUGCCGGCCCCGGUCAGCAGAUGAGACCACGGUGUGUGUGGUCCCCCUGACUGCGUGGGAACCCCAGGCCAGUGAGGGGGGCACCGGCCAGCUGCUGCAAGGCGAGUCCCGGCCCCGCCCAGUGUCCACAGGUGACCUUGAAAGAGCCCUGCCGGCUGCAGUGGGGCUCCAGAAAGCCAGGGCACACCCCAAGGCCACUUCCUUCCUCUGCCGUGGCAUGGACCCCAAGUACCAGUGUGACCUGGUGUCCAAGGGAGGCAGGGAGGUAUACCCGUACCCCAGCCCCCUGCACGCCGUGGCUUUGCAGAGCCCCCUCUUUACUCUGACCAAGGAGACCGCACCGAGCGAUGGCCACUUGCCCCCCAGUCAGCCCCUCCCUGGCGCCACAGGUCCGAGCCCCAUUCGGACUGGACUGGGCCUCGAGGCUGGCCCAGCCAGCGCCUACAUAGAGAGGCUGCUGCGACUGCAGGGCCGAGGGCCCCCUGCGAGGGGCAGUGUGGUUGAGCGUGGACCCCCAGGACGGGAGGCGUCCCUAUCCCCGCAGGGGCUCGGGGUCCGGGGGGCGGACAGUGAAGGUGGCCUGGAGAAGCCGGUGUGCACCCAGGGGAGAGCGGAGGUGGGAGGGGAGGCCCAGAGCGGGGCCGCCCGUGGGGACAGCCUCGAGCAGCCGGGGCCUGUGCCCCUUGUACGCACCCUGCACCCCAGCAGCCGUCCAGAGGAGGGCCCCAGACCCUCGCGCGGCUGCGUGCACCGGGAGGCCCGUCCAGGCUCCCCAUGGCUGGGCUGUGGCCAGGCCCCUGCUCCCUGCUUGCAGGGUCAGCAGCCAGCUCUCCACGGCUGGACGGGCAGAGGCAGGUCGCCGGGCGAGGGGGCGGGUGGGGAGGGCCCCCCUCGGGCCCCUGGACACUGUGUCCGCCCGCACUUUGCUGCCAGAGGAGGUCUCCCUGUGGGGCCCCCCAAGGCCAAGCCUGUGAAGAUCAAGAGGGGGGCCAGCGACAAGGCGCUGAGGCUUGGGGGGCCGCAGCUUCAGUGGGGCGCCCUCGGGGGCCCCCGGCCGCCCCCUGAGUCGGGAGGUGGUCUCAGGAGGCCCCUCCUGGCCAGGGCGGCGCCCGGCCGGUCCUGCUCUGAGUCCAGCCUCUACCCCGUGUCUGUCUUCGUCCCCCUGCUGGUGGCCCGACCAGAGGGUCACCAGGUGUCAGCUCAGGCCUUGUUCCCCUUGGAAGCAGCCCCGCUGGUGGCAAGCGGAGGGGAGGCCCGGAGGAAGCAGCGCAGGUGGCAGUCCUCCGUAGAGAUCUCAGCCCGGGCCCGCCCGGACCCCAGCCUGGGGCCCCAUAGGCCGGCGGCCCGGAGAGGGGGUGGCCCGCGGCCCGUGUGCGCCAGACCCAGGCCCAGGCUGCCGCGCCAGGAUGCCCGAGCCCGGAGCGGGUCGGACGGCUCGGAGCGCUCGGCCGAGUGCGCGUCCCUCUUGCGCUCCACCGUCGCGGAGAGCAGCGGGGACGAGGCCAGCGACCACACGGCCAACCGCUUUGGGGACGCGGAGUCCAGUGGCAGCACCUCGGAGGGCAGCGGCCAGGGCGGGGGAAGCUCCAGCCAGCGGGGCCCGGCCAGCUCCAGGCCCCCUCUGCCGCCGGUGCCCAGGCUGUGCCGCAUCAAGGCCUCCAAGGCCCUGAAGAAGAGGCUCCGCAGGUUCCAGCCGGCUGCUCUGAAGGUCAUGACCAUGGUGUGAGGUCGCGGGGCGACAGCAGGGCCUGUCCGGGCCCGGGAGCCACAGACACAAAGGGACCUUUCGUGGCUGAGGACGGGCCCAGCCUCGCACGGUGUUAGACGUGCAGGUCUGUGUCAUCUGGACACUUUGCUUUCUCCCCGAAGCUGCCCUUCAAAAGGAGUCCCCUCAGAGGAGAUGAUGGGCCCGUCCCUGGUGCAUCGCCCCCCAGGUUAGGCUGUGACUUUGCGCACGUCACCCCACCUUGGCCCCAGUGGAGACCUUCACCCAGAACUCUGGGACUGCAGAUUCGUCGGGGCGCUGGCCUCCCAGCUGCCUGUGCCGCGAGCCCCCUGCUUGCUUCCUUCCAUCCUGUUCCACCUGGGCUGCGCGCUCGGUGUACCCCAGCCUGUUGAACAGUUUCCCCCCAAAAGCGUUCCCUUUAAGAAAUGGUUGCAGGACUGCGCUGUGGAAACUGGGUUGGACUCUGAAUCCAGGUCAAACCCUCAACAUGAAUAAACAGCCGAUUAUGCCUU